UCAUCACUACUCAGAAAUUAGUAACGCUAAGAGGGGAAGGUAUGUGGACUUGCGCUGAAGAGUUUCCCCAUAGGCUAUCAGUAUCUCUGGGUUCUGUGGGCUCUGCAGGCUCGUUCUCGCUUGGUCCUGUUUGGUUUUUGUCCUCUGGCUCGGGCUUAUUGUUUUUCUCGGAAUCUGUCGGCAUAACUUCAUCGGAUUCUUUCGGCUCUUCUUCUUUAGGUUCUGGGGAGUCGUGCUCAGGUUCAGAGGUUCCUUCUGGUGUGUCAGACACUGUGGACAUGGUCUGUGCCAUCGUUGGGGUUAGCUGCUACUAG